UGCUUUAGUAGUCCCUGUAGGAAUCGGGGUACCUGUCAAAGUGGAGCCUCAAAUUAUUCUUGCUCAUGUCCUGAUGAUUAUAUGGGACGUCAUUGUGAAGUGCGUAAUUAUUGCCAUGGAAAGGACUGUAACGGACAUGGACACUGUCAGAACGAGCAGCAUGGUUACACUUGUAUCUGUAAUCCUGGUUUCCUAGGGAGUAACUGUGAACAUGACUAUUGCUUCAAUAAUACCUGUAAACAUGGUGCAACUUGUCACAGUGGAAGUUCUAAAUAUACAUGUUCGUGUAAACCAGGUUAUAAAGGAACUCAUUGUGAAAUACGAGAUUUCUGCCACGGACAGAGAUGUAACGGUCAUGGAACAUGUCAUAAUGGACUAAGUGGAUAUACUUGCAGCUGUCAACCAGAUUAUCGAGGAAAUAAUUGUGAACUGAAAAAUUACUGCAAUAGUAAUCCAUGCAGACAUGGAAAUUGUAAUAAUACAAACAUGGGAUACAAGUGUUCUUGUUAUGGAGGGUAUCUAGGAACAAACUGUGAUAAAAUAGAUUAUUGCCAUAAUAAGCACUGCUCGAAUCAUGGUACCUGUCACAUCACAGGGAAUUCCUACAAUUGUACUUGUCAUGGUGGAUUCAUUGGUAAAGACUGUGCAACACGGGAUUAUUGUUAUAAACAAAAUUGUUCUAACCUUGGAUCUUGCCAAAACGAGCAUAGUUCUUACACGUGUCACUGCAGGGCUGGAUACCUAGGUAAAGACUGUAAACAAACGUACUGUUCUCAUCAUAAAUGUCUGAAUGGAGCCUCUUGUGUUAAUGGUGACUUUAACUAUACAUGUAAAUGUGCCCCAAGAUAUAUAGGAUCGUACUGUCAAACACGUGAUUACUGUUACCAUCAAACCUGUAGUGGACAUGGAACCUGUCAGAACGGUCUACAUAACUACACUUGUAAUUGUGAACCAGGCUCCCUGGGAAGAAACUGUGAAUACGACUAUUGCUCUAAUAUUACAUGUGAAAAUGGUGCUACCUGUCAUAGUGGAAAUUCUAAUUAUACAUGCUCGUGUAAAACUGGUUAUAUAGGGGUCCUUUGUGCAACACAUGAUUACUGCAAUGGACAGAACUGCAGUGGUCAUGGAACCUGUCAAAAUGACAAAGAUCGAUACACUUGUGUCUGCAAUGAAGGAUUUCGUGGAAAUGACUGUGAAAUGAAAGACUUCUGUAAUAAUAAACCAUGCAGACAUGGAAAAUGUAUUAACACAGAGAGGGGAUAUAAUUGUUCGUGUAAUGGAGGGUAUCUCGGAACAAACUGUGAAGAAGUAGAUCACUGUUAUGAUAAGCAGUGCUCAAAUCAUGGUACCUGUCACAACGAAAAAACUAAUUACUCUUGCGCAUGUGAUGAAGGUUUUCUUGGACAAGACUGUGAGAUACAGAAUUAUUGUUAUAAUCAAAAUUGUUCUGACCAUGGAACUUGUCAAAACGGAAAUAAAUCCUACACGUGUCAAUGUAACGCUGGAUUUUUAGGUACAGACUGUGAAAAAACUUACUGUUCCCGUCAUCAAUGUCAGAAUGGAGCGUCUUGUGUAAAUAGAAACUCUAACUAUAUGUGUAAAUGUGCGCCAGGUUUUGAAGGUUCCUUCUGCCAAAUACGUGAUUAUUGUUACCAUCAGAACUGUAGUGGGCAUGGAACCUGCCAUAAUCGACAUGCUGCAUGUUUCCGUAAUGAAACUUGCUUACACAACAACCAAAACUAUUCAUGUGUUUGUCAAGAUGGAUUUAAAGGUCCCAAUUGCGAAGUCACUGAUCAUUGUUUACACAACAACUGUUCCAAUGGAGGGACGUGUAUUAACAAAGAUUAUGGAUACUCUUGUUCUUGUCCCUCAGCCUACAUCGGUACCCAUUGUGAAAAACGGAAUUUCUGUGACACACAAAGCUGUAAUAAUAACGGAACUUGUCAAAACUUGGACAAUGAUUUCAAAUGCAACUGUGGUAUAGAAUAUUUCGGUCGGAAUUGCGAGAAGAGGAACUUUUGCCACCAACACUUGUGCAAUAGCCGGGGAAAUUGUAGCAACAAUGACAUUGGAUAUGUUUGUCAUUGUGAACUUGGAUUCAAUGGAACUGAUUGUGAAGAAAUAGAUUACUGUUUCAAUAAACCUUGUCAAAAUGGGGGAGUUUGUCAGCAGCAGGCAGAUGGCUACGUCUGCCAUUGUGCACUAGGUUUCCAAGGAACUAACUGCACAGACAGAAAUCCAUGUAUAAAUCAUACGUGCAGCGGUCAUGGCAUUUGUUCUACAAAUAAUGGCGAUUACAGUUGUAAAUGCAAUGGUGGAUAUUUCGGAAAAGAUUGUCAAGAUCAGGAUUUUUGCUACCAGAUAGACUGCAAUGGAAAUGGAACCUGUCAUAAUAUAUCGAAUGGCUUUGAGUGUAAAUGUAAUCCAGGGUUCAAAGGGCUUAAGUGUGAAGUGAAAGACUACUGUCAUAAUUAUGAAUGUAACAAUGGAACCUGUCGUAGUGAAAUUCAUCAAGCAAAAUGCACGUGUCAUGAAGGGUAUUCCGGUAAACACUGCAAUAUUUUCGACUAUUGCCAUAAAAAUCCUUGUCUUAAUAGUGGCACAUGCUAUAAUGGAACUUCUGAUUACUCUUGUGUUUGUAAAAUUGGUUUUAUUGGUGGGAACUGUGAACUUGUGGACCCUUGUCUUGCACAAAAAUGUAAUGCUCAUGGGACCUGCAAAAUUAUCCCAGGUAAUAAUUUUGUCUGUGAAUGUCAUAGAAAUUUUACAGGGAAAUUCUGUGAAGCGGCUCCACCAACAGUACCCCCUACCUCAUCGUCAGCUCAAGUAAUCAGCAAAAGUUCUACACAGAGUUACACAACUGUUAAUAGUUCAAGUACGACAAAGAGCAUAUCAGAGUCAUCAACAAGCAGGCAAAAUUUUAUCCCGUCUUCAAAAUCAACAUCAAUGUCACCUGCCAACUCUCAGUCUGCCAUCACGUCAGCACAUAAUUUUUCAACCUCCGAAAAAGUUACUAGCAGGUCUUCAACUUUAGCUCCAGUAUUUGCCUCUACCUCUUCUCCAGUAUCUUCCACAGAGAAUAUGAAAACAGAUUUUACAACAUCUACUGCAUCUGCAAACUUUGCUACAAAUAUGUCCAGUCCAACUCCUGUCUCCUCCACUGAAAGCAAGAAAACGAUUCAAACAACAACCUCAGCCAAACCUGAUAACGUGACAAGUUCACAACUUUUAUCCCAGAAAACAACUACUAUGACAUCCACUUCCACAAAAACAACCACGCAAACAAUUCCCAUGGAAACAACAACUAUUCCUAAACCCACAGAAGUGAUUUUCGAAGGAAAUGUGAAAUUUGCCAUGGAAUGGCAUCCCGCUCUACAAAACAAAUCAAGCGCUGAAUACAAGAAUAUUUCAGAUCAGUUUCUAAUGUUGAUGGCUUCAGUGUAUGAAAAUGGAGAAUUGAAAAGUGUUUACAUUAGCACAGAAAUCAUCAGUAUCACUCGAGGUAGUAUUGACAUUCAAUACAACCAGACAUUUAAGGAUCCAGAAGUGGAUUUAAUUAAUGGAACCGUUAUAGAAGUAACGAACAACACUGUCAUCGACGUGUUCGAAAAGGGGAUAGAGAAACUGGAAGAACAUCCAUCCAAUCACAUUCAGGCUCUAGCACAAACAUUUAAUAUUACUCACGCCAAAAUAGUACUCCGAGAACUGCCGCGGCCUACUCGACCACCCACCUCUCCAUCAAGGUCAUCAUCUAUUUCUCAGUCAACAGCUAAAUCUACAAAAUCUAUAGAAGUUACAGAACUACCCGAAAACACAAAGAGCUGGCUAAAAUCUAACAUGGGCGUAGUGAUUGGAGCCUCUGUGGGUGCGUUUGUCCUGGUAAUUGUUGUGGGCUUUAUCAUAUGGAGAGUCAGGGUGCGUCGGACGGGUGUUGUUAAAUUUGAGGAUUUGGAAACUGUCUCUUCCCUCACAGGUUUACAGAAAUCUAGUCUAAAGGGUCAAAAAGGAACAGAAUUACUGCAUAUGAAAGCCAGAAAAAAUCAGGACUAGAACAUUCAUUUUUCUCCGAAAGAAAAGCAUGAUUUCUUAUCAUUACGAAUAAUAACCGGUAUAUGUAUUUAUUUGGAAUGAAGCUGUUAUUGUUUCAUUUCAUUUU